AUGUUCAUCGGCAUCUGCGGCAGUAUUUGCGCCGGCAAGAGCACCAUCGCUCAAUAUCUCGUUGAGCACCAUGGCUUCACACGUGUAUCUCUAGAGCAUACAACUAAGACAAUCGAUGAUAUCGUCAGCGGAGAGACCCCAAAUGAUCAUGUCAACGGUCUAAUCCACAAACUCUUACCCGCCUACAUCACCUCUCACACCCAAUCUUCCACCUCCGCGCGCUCGAAGGGCCAUGUCUUCCCCUCCGCCGACGAUCUCCUCGACUUUAUCACUAAGCACUGGCGCGAGCGAUGGGUAACAACGGACAUUCCCACCGAGGGGAUCCUCGACAUGUACACCCGCCGGCCUUUCUUCCUGCUUAUCAGCGUCGAUGCUCCCCUCACUGUCCGAUGGCGCCGCUUCCGUGAGCGCGGGGAAAAACAACAACGUCACCGAAACAACAUGAAGUCCUACUCCUCCUCCGCCGGCGGUGCCGCCCUUGCAGCUGGAGACGAAGAACAACAAGAAGAAGAAGAACCCCUCAUCUUCGAAUCCUUCGCCCACCUCAACGACACGCAACUCUUCCUCCCCCAAACCGGCCGGCUCCCACUGAUGUCGCGCGCCACCGUCCGCCUUCUCAACACGUCGCCCUCUCUUGCGCAUCUCUACGCCACGCUGGGGAAUCUUGACCUGCUCAACCCGGACCGUCUCCGGCCCUCAUGGGACUCAUACUUUAUGGCGCUCGCCUCGCUCGCCGCGCAGCGGUCCAACUGCAUGAAGCGGCGGGUCGGUUGCGUCGUGGUCCGCGACAAGCGCGUCAUCAGCACGGGGUACAACGGCACGCCUAGGGGAUUGAUCAACUGCGGCGAGGGCGGGUGCGGGCGGUGCAACGAGGGGCAGGGGUCCGGGCAGGGAUUGUCUACGUGUUUGUGCAUGCACGCGGAGGAGAACGCGCUGUUGGAGGCCGGACGGGAGAGGGUGAGGGAGGGCGCGGUCUUGUAUUGCGAUACUUGCCCAUGCCUGACGUGCAGCAUCAAGAUUGCGCAGGUGGGGAUCAGUGAAGUGGUGUAUAGCCAGGGGUACAGUAUGGACGGGGAGACGGCGGCGGUGUUUAGACAGGCGGGAGUCAAGUUGAGGCAAUUCAUUCCGCCAGCAAAUGGUUUGAUAUACUUGGAGAAGACCGACUUUUUCCCUCAAACGUAAAUGAGUUGG